AUGGCGGCUCUGACGAAUCUCGGUCGGCUCAGGGAGUCCUGGCCUGCCAAACUUAGUCCCGAAAAGACAGCCGCUUUGCGAAAGCGCUUUGAAGAGGACUAUCCUGCCGAGCUCUUGGACUCUGAGUCCUUCCCUAGCGCAAGGCUUCUGGCACCUACCAGCAAGAUGGUAGCGCACCAGGAAAUCCGCUUGCUGCCAUGGAAGUUCCGCCUCAGCAGCAAGUGUCAGGAAGACAGCUUGAUGAUGCGACCACGCAAACAAGCUCGCUUUUCUGAGCUCAGUGAACUGCUUCUUAAUGAGGCGCCAGCGCGAGACACGAAGGGCCAGUUUCCUACGGGAGCCCACUCGGGGUCGUUCAAGCUGUACAACAAGCGCUUUACGUGCUGGGAGUUGAUAGCUGACCUGGUCAACCAACACAUCUGGACGUUAGACGUUGGCCGCACCAUUGCCAAGAGGAGCACCGAAUUGGAGUCCUACCAAGAGGCCCUCCGUUUGCUGCACCAGGGUUCGCAGCAAGAGGUCGAUGAACUGCACAAGAAAAUCGCCGAGCUCGAUCGCGAUUCCAACAAGGUUCCGAAGCUCAAGCAGGAUCAGAAGGCACUGACGAACAGGCAGAACCUACUCCAAGAACGCAUGGCCGACUUGGAAACCGAGGCUUCCGAGCUGGCACAGACUGCGCAGGCCGUGAACGAGCUACUGGAGAUCCGCAACAGUGUCGUGCAGGAGCUGCGGCAGGAGGUGGAGAUGCGCGAAGCAAGGUUGAGGAGCCUCGAAGACUUGGUCUUGAAGCUGGACCAGGAGCGAUCCCGUCUGAACGAUGAGGCCACGCAGGAUGCAGACAGAGCGCAGGACCUUUUGAAAGAGGUGAUGGAGCUGGCGCAUGGAGGAGCACAAGAGGAGUCUAUCAUCGUGACAUCUGCUCCCGUUCAUUCUCGGCUGGCAGUCGCCUCUGUCCAGCGAAGUUUGGCGCAGCUCGACCUGGCUACAUGCAGGUCGAAGGUGGCGGCCUUCGUGAGCGGUGUUCCCGAGCCCUGGCGGCAGGAGCUCGAGGGAGCGCCCCAAUCAGCGGCUGCGAACUCACUGGCGCUCAGUGAGGUGCGGCGGCGAGCCGCGGGUGCCGCAGAGCGUGCAGCCGCUCGUGCAGAGGCCUUGGGCCAUGCUGCACAGCGCUGCGGUCUCCAGGGGAACACGCCGCGCCUAGAUCUUUGUGAGGUUGCGUGUGCUGCUUUCCGAUGUGCGGCGACGCUGGAGGGUGCUCUCGAUGCAGGUCUCGGCUCGGAGCUGAAUGACGAGGAGUCCAUCCGAAAAGCGGCAGUCGACUUCGAGGAGCAUUUCCACAAAGCCGAGCAGAAAUUGCGUGAGGUGAUGAGCAAGCGGUGGCCGGACGUGGAGUCACCGAGUCAGGCGCUCGCAGCAGUUCAAGACCUGGAGAAGGUGGCAAGCACACCCGUCAUGGAUGGACAGGGCCCCCAGCUUCGACGUGCUUGGCUGUUUCAACUCCGACGCUUACAGGCGCCCUUCGCAUAUGGCCUCGCGAGUUGCAAGCUUCCUGAGAAGCCGCCGCCGCCACCCGAGCCCGCAGCUGUGGAGUCUCCGGCACCAAUCGCAGCGGAAGAGGACGGGGCUAUGGCAGCGCUAAUGAAGCUCCAGAACCGAAAGAAGAAGGACGACAAGGAAGCGGAAGAAGCACCGGCUCUUGCAGAAGCCGAGGCUCCAGUUCCUGAGCCUUCGGCUUCUGAGGAACCAGAACCUCCGGCGCGUGAGAAAUUCCAAGCCGAGCUUCUCCGCUGGGAGCCCUUGCGACGCCGUCUCGGCGAGGUGGUCGCCGCGUUGAUGCGUGCUUCCAGCCCUCUGAAUUUGCCGGCCUUGCCCGAGGAGUUGCUGAGGGCUGCGAAAGCCAUCGAGGUCAGCCUGAGCCGGAGCAUCACCAGCGGAGAUGUCGAUCCGGUGAUUUUAUGGGAGGCUUUGCGCGAGAGCGUGGACCCAAUCUCGGCAGCCGUGGAUCACCUUCAGGUGCAGGUCUUUCUGCCGGCUGCUUUUGUUGACGAGGAGGAGCCGCCCCGGGAUUACCGCCCGUCUCGGCGCUUUGUUGAUCCUCCUUGCUGGGCCUUUUCCAGCCUGCAGGUGCAGAAGCGCAUUGAGGAGAUCGAUGUGAAGCAACGGGAGGUUCGAGAGGCCCAGAAGGAGCUGACCGACCAGAAGAAGCAGCUGGCUUCGGCUGAGGAGGAGCUGGAGCAAGCGGAGCAGCGAGGCAGAAAGCUUCGGGAGACCUUAGUGGAGGCCGAGGCCAGUGAGGACCUCCAGGCCUCCGAAGAGCGUUUGCGUGCUCAGGUGGCGACCAGUGCGGCCUCCCAGGCCGUGCUGGCUCGAGAGGUGGAGCAGACACGUGCGCGUCGCGACGAGUUGGAGCGCACCAGCAAGGAGGAGGCCAGACGGCGAGAGAAACUGGAGAAGGACAUCGAUGCAGUUCGGCAGCGGCCGAAACGAGACGAGGAUGGCCGGGCGACGGCCCCAGAGCUGGCAGCUCUGCGAGUGGCGCAGAAGAAGGGCGCUCAGGAGCUGUACGCGCUCCAGGUGUCAGGAGGGGCCGAUGGCCUGCUGCCGCUGCCUUCGGUGGCACCUGCGAUGCAGACUGUGUCUCAGAAGUCCAUGGAAGACUGCCUGAACAAGUACGCAGCUUUGCGCAAGGGGCUACUCCAGGAGCUCAGCCAGACCCGGCUCUCCAAGCUCGCGGACGCAACGACGCAGGAGGUCGAUUUGUGCGAAAACAGAAAGACAAUUCGCUGCCAUGGGCAAGGCCUCCUGGCACAAGCUGUGCGAACCUACGGUGGAAUGGAUGCGGGUGGAGCCCGCCCUGUGACACUGGAUGGUGGAGCGGCGAUGAAUCGAGCUAUGGCCGAAGGCCAGGUCCUGUUGAAUGGUGUGGCGACUGGUGGCCCCUUUGAAGGUAGCCAGUUACCACAUCAUCCGGAAGGCAGACCUGGUACGACGGGCUCGCGAAAUGAAGAAGUGGUUGGUGCAGAUGAGCCUUCAUCGUCUACGCGGCCUGUGGCUGAGCUGAAUGCUGGAACUGCUGCCAGGAGAGCAGUGGGGAUAGAUGCAGCGACAAUCACGGGUGGCGGAUCGCAGCUGAACACCGGAACGGGCGCGAACUCGGAAACCGGAUCUGGCGCGAACGGACGAAGUGUGCCGAUGCAUGGAAGCGAAGAUGUUCGACAGGACUUCCUGCAGCAACGAGCCCAUGCACAACUGGCGGAACAGCGUCAUGCUUUGGUGACUGCUUUGCAUUCCCGAGCCUCCAGGUUGAUCGCCGAGGAUGAUGCGGAGAUCCUGGAGACUACGACCAGGGUUGAGGCCAGCGAGGUGACGGAGCGCACGGGGGACCAGAUGUUGUGGCUUACGAGGAUCAAGGGUAUGGUUCAGAGAGGUUUGGAACCCGUUCUUGGACGUAUGAGACCCCUUCCUUCUGCCUCACCUACCUCCUGGUAUUCCCAGUCUCCUACCUGGUCGUUGGCAACACCUUCCUUCAACAACCCCGAGCGCAUGACUGAAUUGCAGCCGAGGACCACGACCUUUACACAGCCUGAACGUGCGGGAGACCAAUCCUCGAAUGGGUCCCUGCAGCCGGAGGUGGUUCAGGAAGAAGUCAAGAAGGCGGUCCAAGUGGCACUCCAAGGUCGGGACGGGAAGAUGAAUGAGCUUCAGGCGGAGAAUGCGGAACUGAAGCAGCUGUUGAUGGCGAUGAUAGAAGCGGGUUCGGAGAGAGCCGGAGUGGACCAAGGACCUACCGCAGGUGGAAGAGCAGGCGCCUCUACAAGUGUGGGGGUAGAGCCAGCUCGAGCGGCAGGAGACCAGUCGACUGGGCGAGGGGAUCUUCGAGCUGAAGGAGUGUAUGCAGGCCGUGACCGACGGGCUCCUCCUGGACUACCUGUUCCAAUUCGGGGACGGGGAGGUGAUCCAGGAAGUGGAAUGAGGACUGAGGCGACUACGGCGAGGUCUCCGACCCCAGCGGCGGCACGAACAUCAGGUGGCGGCUACGAGAAUGUCGCAGGAAAGCUUGAUGGAGUGCCCAGCGCGGGCCAAGGAGGCAGUCGUGGUGGCGGGAAUGAUGAGCGAGGUUCCGUGGCGCCGAUGGACCUUUUGGCCCAAGGGAUCCAACAGCUACAGCAACUGCACUUGAAGAAAGAAGGGCAUGACCCCGAGUUGCUGAAGGGUUCCUUGGAUUUACCGAAGCUACCCGAGCCCUACCAGGACAACAGUGCGGUGGCGUUCCUGGAGUGGGUGUACGAGGUGGGCCAGCUCAUCGGCUCGAUCACGGACAAGGCGGCGGUGUGGUGGGCGGCCAAUCUCGAGCUAGCCAUGACAGCCUACCACAAGUUCCAGGCGGAAACACCUUUGAAGAGGUUGACGGUCCAAGUUGGUGAAGAUCCGGACGUGGAUGGAGAAAAGUGGUCUCGGCUUGAGAAGCGGGUGAUGGCGCUUCUCCUGGCUUCGAUGACGUCGACUAUCAAGGCCGAGAUCACAAUGCUGAGGAUCAACCGUGUCAAGGACUGCCUCUUCAAGCUCUACACAACGUUUUCUCCAGGGGGCGCGAGCGAGAGGGCGAGCCUGAUCAAACAGCUCGAGUACAUCCAGCCCCAGACCAAUGUGGUCGACAUGAUCUCUGCCCUGAGACGAUGGAAGAAGCAUGUGGGCCGAGCUUCCGAGAUGGGAGUUUCCCUGCCCGACGGCUCCGUGCUGUUGGUUGCUUUGGAGGGAGCUACGAGACACAUCACUGAGAACAACAAGGACGUAGCCUUCAAGCUGAACAUGGCCAAGCAGGAGCUCCGACUUCCAUACCAGCCGACCUUGAGUGCUGUGAUGACGUUUGCAGACCAUGUGGUUGCGGAGCUCCAGCAAGUGAUCCCUAUCAACUCCAAGGACUCCCAAGCCAAGCUCAAGGGUGCCAAUGUGGAUCCUGGAUCUCCGGCGUCUUCCUCGACCUCGCCUUCUGGGAAGGGACAAGGGCAGAAGCAGCCUUGUAAGUUUUGGUUGACACCGGACGGUUGCAGAAGGGGAUCUGCUUGCAAGUACGGCCAUGUGUUUGCGACUAAGGAGGAGAAGAAGGCACGCUGCUGGACAUGUGGGGCGACAACCCACCGACAGGCCGACUGCCCUACAAAGUCUGGCUCCGCUACCAAGGGGAAGGGUGGUCCUAAGGGAUCAACGGAGAAGAGGUCGCAAGGGGAACCGACUACACCCACUGUGGCCCAGGCGAACGUGAUGAACAACCCUGAACCCUCUACGGCUACCAUGAACACCGCCUCCACGUUGGAUCAUCCGCUUACCACAGGUACUACAACCUCUUCCAGCGAACCUUCAUCGGCGGCCUCUACUAUCCUCUUCGCGGAUGCGCAGCAGGCUCAGAAUGCGGGUGAAAUCAGAGAGCUGGCAGAGCAGUUCCUGGCUAAGAUCAAGCGCUUGGCACCGAUGCAGGCGAAGACGGAUGAUGCAGUGAUGGACUUGGAGCUGCUACUGAGGUCGCAGGGCCUGAAUGAAAGCCACGGAAUGGCGCUACUGGAUAGCGGCGCUUCACAUGCCUACCGGGCUCCCCGUUCCAGGGAGGAGGCAUCAACGGCUCGCCGGGUCAGGGUGCAGCUGGCCGAUGGGAAGACAGUCUACCUCCGCCAGAACAAAGGAGGCACUCUCCUCUCGGAAGAGGAACAGGGAGGAGGAAUUAUCCUGCCACUCGGGAGCCUUGUCAGCUCUCUUGGCUGCGAGCUCAAGUGGAGCAGAAAAAAGGGGCUCCAGGUGCGACACCCGGUCCACGGGAUCUUGCCCACGAAGCUCGUGGGGGAUACGCCGGUGCUGCGUGAAGCUGAAGCACUUCAACUUAUCGCGGAUUUGGAACAAGUGGAACUGGGAAGGCUUGAGAAGCAAACGGAAGAGGGAGUGCUGAAGAUGAUCGCGUCGGAAGAGGAGACGGUCACCACGUGGAUGGAUCAUGCUGAAGCAUUUGUAGAGACCGGUGAACGGGCAAACUUGAGGCGGAUGUUGUUGGACCCCGAAGCUCCUCUACAAGCUCCCUUGGAAGAAGACAUUGCAGCUCUUCUGGGCGUGGACGACAAGCUUUUCCUCUCUGAUGAGGCAGGUGCUCCUGAGGAAGAUGAGCAGGGCGCCGAGUUUUCCCACGCAGAGUCUGAUGAUGUCACUGUGGUUCGAAUGGACAUCCGGAACAACAAGGCCUUUGACCUCCGCACCUACACGCCGGCCGGGACAGAUCGAAGGGAUACUUGGAGGCUUGGAGGCCCACCUCGAGGAUCGGAAUCUGGCUCCAUGCUGUAUAGGCGGAUGCUGCUCCUUUGGCUGGUUGCACACACCGGAGCAACGGCUGCAGGCUUAUGUUCGCCUUUCUUCAUGAUGGAGGCCCCAACCUGGCAUCCUAUCUGGACGAGCUUCACCUGGUCGCGCUUCAAGGAUGAGUUUCGGUACCUGAAGUACCAUGCGGUUGCGGCCAGGGAUGGUGUGUACUUUAUGGCGGGCACGCUCCAGCUGUCUGAUGGAGUGUCGGUGAGCGAAGGGGAGAUCCCGGACCUGAACUACAAGACCCCUGCAUCAGCGUGGUCCGUUGAGCUCAAGACAGGGUUGGCGCAUUCAAUGGUGCAAUGGAGGCAACACGACCGGCGCAGGGAAGAAGUGACGAUGUGCAAGCUCGGUGGCCCCAGGGAGAUGAACGCGAAGGAUUUGGCCUACUGGGAGAAACAUGUACGAAGCGGGCACGUUCCUUAUGAUCGCAGAUGCCAAACCUGUGUUCGGGCAGCAGCGACAGGACGGGCACAUCGACGGUGCCUGGCCCCUUCGGCCUACACCUUAGGCCUGGACAUCGCCGGCCCUUUCCGCACAAAGGGCGAGAACGCUGAUGAGAAGGGCUUGCGCUACCUACUUGUGGGGGCGUACUCACACCCGCGAAUCAACCCCGACAAGGAAAAGGACCUUCCUGAGGAGGAGGACGGUGAGUUUGAAGCCGAAAUCGAUCCGUUCGAGAUUGACGAAAGGGCAGUGGUACCAGUUGAGGAGGAGGACGAUGAUGAGCAGAAGACCAUGAAUGAGCGGUUCAAGGCCCUGUACAAGGACAUCGGUGAUGAGAUUGACUACCAGACCCUCCACUUUGUGGUGCCGAUGAAAACUCGGACGGCCAAGGAAGUUAGGUCGCGGAUUCAGCAAAUCUACCUUCAGCUUCGGCAGCAAGGGCUUCCUCUGGUGCGGAUCCACAGCGACCGGGGCAGGGAGCUCAUGGCCAAGGAGACCAGGGCAUGGAUGGCUGACCGGGACAUCCUGGCUACGACUGGAGAGAGUCAGCAGCCUCAACAAAACGGUCGGGCGGAGGCACUGGUCCGGGUCAUCAAGGGCAGGGUCAAAACGCUCCUCCGAGCAGCUUCCCUGCCUAUGUCAUGCUGGCCACUCGCUGCACAGUUCUCUGCCAGGAGACAGCGAGACUUGGCACUCGGAGACCGAACCGAUGAAGCAGUGCCAUUUGGGGCACCAGUGCACGUGAAACACAAGAGGUUCGGAGAGGGUGGAAGUUAUGAUCUUGCUGAACGCUGGCGGUCAGGCAAGUUCGUUGGGUAUUCUUCGGACGUCCGUGGAGGCAGAGUGGUCCGUCAUGAUGAUGGAGGCUACACGACGUCGGUGCAUAUCAAGCCGUAUCUUGUGGACUCCGACGACUUGGUCGAGCACGGGCCCUUUGAAAUGGAGGUUGAAGAUCCGGUGAGGAGGAUUCGAGGGAAGUCCCGACUGGCCCAGCUGGACACCGACCCGAAGGAGGAAGUAGAUCGCAAGGCGAAGGAGCUUAUGGAUUCCGAGCACUAUGACUUGGAGAGCGUGGUGGCGAUGUGGGAGCUCUUGAAACCCUAUGCGAGAUCUACUACAAGAACGACCCAGGGUGAAGGGCUCCAAUGGUUGAUUGGCCAGUAUACGCAUGGAGGUCAAUGCGGUGCUACCUUGGACACUGAUCGGUUCCCUUGGGCUACCUUAUACCUGGUGAAGGCGUUCUCCCACCUCACUGGAGAAAGUGAUUUCUCAUCGAUCUUGAUGACUGAGGACGUUGGGAUGAAGAUACACCGGGAUGUCCACAACCAUGCCGACCGCAACAACGUGCUACUUCCUCUACUACCUUGCGAGCGUGGAGGUGGAGUUUGGGUUGAGUCCGAACCAGAGGACUACGAUGUGGACGACGAGUGGCGGCAACUACCAAAGGGAGAUUGGCGUCGUGGAAAGGUGAUGGACCUACAUCCUGGAGUUCCCAUCAAGAUCAACCCCCGGAGGUUCCACCAGACCGAGGACUGGGAAGGAAAACGGUUGGUUAUGACCUCAUUCACGCCAAGAUCUACCAGAUUGAAACCUCCCGCCUACAUGAAACUCCUGGACUACGGUUUCAACCCACCUCCUCUACCACCACAAGUCCCAGAGCAACUGCAGCGGAACAUCCUCAAGAUGAUGAACCUGUCUGGACCAAAGGACGGCCCCGACGCAGUCAUGUUCCAGAUGAAGGACCCUGGGGAAGAGCGACAGGAGAGGGCCCAUGAAAUCAGUCAGGAGUUGCAGCAGCUACAGGACGAUGUACUUGGGAGACUCCAGGAACGACGUGAAUGGCUUCAACAGUUUCUAGCUGAGGAGGAGAUCCUGGCUGAGGAGUUCAACACUGUUGGCGAAACCAUUCGGGAUGAGAUCAAGGAGAUCAAUGUGGUGUUCCGGGAGCUUAUCCAGGAUGUUGAGGACCAAGUUCGGUCAGUGGAGAAAAGGUGCAAUGACCUGUACCUCAAGGUGGCCAACGUCACGGAUGAUAAGGAAAUCGGCGACAUCGAGGAGUACUUGAUCAACCUCAAGAAGGAUUUGGAUGUCACCCUGGAUGUUCCUUUGGACCAGGUGAAGGCCAAUCUCGAGGAAUGGAUCGAGCCCAUGAACAAGGAGCUCGCGAAUCUGGAGGCCAAGACGAAUGCGAUCGAAUCCCGACCCAUGGCAGAUGCGAAGAAGCUUGUGAAUGACGGGUCGCUCAUACUUAUCCCCGGCAAAGUCGUGUUUACGGUCAAGCCUCCAGCUCCUGAGACCAAGGCCGAGAAGAAGUCAAAGGGGGCGCGCUGGAAACGCAAAGCCAGGAUCGUGAUAUGUGGCAACUUGGCCACUCAGUCCUUGAAUGGACAAGAGCUGUAUGCAGCUGGCGCCUCCGUUGAGGCGCUCCGCCUGGCCUUGGCACUUGCGUCCAGCCUUGGAUGGCAUGCAGCCGCCACUGAUGUCUCAGCGGCUUUCCUCCAGGCCGAGUGGCCAUCGGAUAGGCCGACGUAUGGAGUGAUACCCCCCCGGAUACUAGUGCAGGCGAAGCUCGUUCCGGACAACGUUGUGUUUGUGGUAAGGAAGGCGCUCUACGGUUUGCGUGAAAGCCCGGCGCUAUGGGCUAACCACAGAACGAGGAUUCUGAAGGAGGUGAGCGUCGAGGCCCCUGGUGGAAGAAUUUGGCUGAAACCGCUGAUCACGGACGGGGAGCUUUGGAUGAUCCUACAACUACCACCUAAUGCUGAACGACCUCAACUCCGAGGACUCCUGGUGACCUACGUGGAUGAUUUAUUGUACUUGGCGGCCAGGGCAUUGAUCAUCCUUCUCCACGCCAAGAUUGCGGAGAUUUGGCCGUGCUCAGCACUGGAGUUCUCAGACCAGGGUAUUCGCUACCUUGGGAUGGAGUUGUUCCAGGAUGAGAACACUUUCACGCUUGGCCAGGAGGCAUAUGUUGCCAAUUUGGUCCGACUUCAUGGACUGGACCCAGAGGAGAGGGCAGGCUUGCCGUGCCCCAAGGAGUGGAUCCAGGACACCGACAUGGAUGGUGAGGCCGAGAACUUCAGCGCGGAGGAGCUCACCCGGGCUCAGAAGAUCACAGGUGAAUGCCUAUGGCUUGCCUACCGUACUCGGCCGGAUAUUCUCUACGUCACGAACUAUAUGGCCGGAAUGACAGCGAAGAAGCCUGUGAAGGUCUACAACGUGGGCUUGAAGGUUGUGGCCUACUUGAACGCGACUGCAGGUCUCAAGUUGAAGGUUGAAGCCGAGGCAGAGCCAAAGCAGUCCACAGAGCCGAAGCAGUCCACAGAGCCAAAGCAGUCCACAGAGCCGAAGCAGUCCACAGAGCCAAAGCAGUCCACAGAGCCGAAGCAGUCCACAGAGCCGAAGCAGUCCACAGAGCAGUCACAUGAUGCAGGCUUCAGGGUUAGGUUGUCUGGUUACUGUGACGCCUCGUUUGCGCCGUUCGGCGGUAAGAGCUUUGGUUGCAGUCUGGUCAUGGUUGGGCGAACGCCCAUUUCCUGGAAGGCAGGUAAGCAGACGAUGGUGGCUAUGUCGGUUUGUGAAGCUGAGCUCAUGGAGGGUUCUACGUGUGCGUUGCUGCUUGAGUCUACCCAGGCCAUGCUGCAGGAGAUUGUUCCAAAUCUGGCAGUCCCCAAGCUGUACAUAGACAACAUGGCGGCUCACAACAUCAUGAACGGUGCCACCGGAAGCUGGAGAACCAGACAUUUGAGGAUUCGCCACUCCUAUGUUCUGGAUCGUAUUGCUGGUGGGCAACUGCAAGUGAACCACUUGGCUGGAGAAGAUCAACCCGCAGAUUUGCCUACCAAGUUACACAGCAAGGUUCGCUUGUUGCAUCUACUUGGAACAUGGAAUAUGGUGGGCAUUAGCGAUCUGGACGGUAAGAAGGCGGUUCAGUGCUUGAAGUUGGGCUGCCUGUUUCUUCUUUUGCUGGCGGUGCAGUCACUGGCGGUGGCGGCUGAGAAGGAACCUUUGCAGGUCACUGGGACAAUGGAGCUGAUCACAAUGCUUAUGCUGUCCUGUGUUGCUGCUAUCGCGAUGUGGGAGGCAGCAAGGGCAUGCUACAAGUGGACGGUUCCAGCGUGCUGUGGAUCGAAGAGGGCGAGGAGAAUCCAAAGGUUACGUGAAUUGGCGAAAGCGGCAGCGGAGGCUGAGAUAGAGAAGUGGGCGGAGCAGGAGGACAUCGUGAACUCGGAGCAGAUUGCGAGGACGCUACGGGGAGUUCUACGCGAGGAGCGGGAAGAUGUAAGACCCUCCACUACAGCGAGUGCUAUGACUCCAAGAACACCAGAGCCCUUGGGAACUCCGUCCCGAACCAGUGUGUUUGGGGGUACUCGACCAUCAACACCCCCGAUCCCACGGAGGAGAACACCUUCACCAACGCCGAGCCCCUUUCGUGGAGAUCCCGGCCAAUUUGAACGUGAACGUGUAAUCAAGGACGUUCUUGAGCUGCUCACGGUGAGGAGCUUGAAGAUUGGUUUGGAGGCGGAGGGAAGGGCCGUCACCGGCCUGAAGGAGGACCUGGUGAGAAGACUGGGAAUUUUCCUGGGUGAUGAACCGCCACCGGAUGGGCGACCUACCACCAGGCAGCUCCGCUACGUCCUCUAUGUCUGGCGACAUCAACGGCUCGCUGGAAGAACGGAGCUAACGUGGGACAUCCUGGCUUCGAAGACCAAGGUUUCCCAAUGGCUUCAUCAAUGGAAGGACGCUUGA